UCAAGUGCAUCUCUUUUCACUUGACCACACUAUGGGCUUCACCUUUCCACCAUUCUCUCCUUCGGCUAUUCGUCUUUCUUUAGUCUUGAGUCUAUGUUUAUAUAGUGUUGAUUGUGUGUACACAACACCAACCAAGAUUGGCCAAGGAUAUCGUUUGGUCUCCCUUACAGAGUCUUCUGAUGGUGCCCUUGUGGGAGACCUUCUAGUCAACAAGCCAAACACUAUCUAUGGCCCUGAUAUUCCUCAUUUGAAGCUCUAUGUAAAACAUGAAACAGACAAGUCCCUGAGGGUUCACAUUACAGAUGCAGAUAAGCAGAGAUGGGAAGUCCCAUAUGAGCUAUUACCUAGAGAAAAGCCUCCAUCUUUGAAACAAAUAUUUGGUGUUAGUUCAAGAAGCAAGGCUUCUCCAUUUGCAGUGUCAGAAUAUCCUGGAGAUGAACUUAUCUUUACCUAUACCUAUGAUCCUUUUAGCUUUUCUGUGAAAAGAAAAUCAAAUGGAGACACCCUUUUCAAUUCCAGUUCAGAUACAUCCGACCCAUAUAACAGAUUGGUUUUCAAAGACCAGUACCUAGAGAUAUCCACCAAAUUACCACAGAAUGCCUCUCUCUAUGGACUUGGGGAGAGCACAAAGCCACAUGGGAUUAAGCUCAACCCAUAUGAUCCUCACACCAUCUACAACACUGACCAGUCUGCCAUUAGACUUAACAUUGACUUGUAUGGGUCCCACCCCAUGUACAUGGACCUCAGGAAUAAGGGUGGAAAUGCUUAUGCCCAUGCAGUCCUCUUGCUGAACAGCAAUGGGAUGGAUGUGCAAUACACUGGGACUUCUUUGACAUACAAAGUGAUUGGGGGUGUUUUAGACUUUUACUUCUUUGCAGGCCCCACUCCUCUAGAUGUUGUUGAGCAAUACACUGCAUUCAUAGGCAGGCCAGCUGCAAUGCCUUACUGGUCCUUAGGGUUUCAUCAAUGUAGAUGGGGAUACCACAAUCUAUCUAUACUUGAAGACGUUGUUGACAAUUACCAGAAAGCAAAGAUCCCUCUGGAUGUGAUAUGGAAUGAUGAUGAUCACAUGGACGGGAAGAAGAUCUUCACACUCAACCCCGUAAACUAUCCCCGCCCCCAAACACUGGCCUUCCUAGACAAGAUUCAUGCCCAAGGCAUGAAAUACAUUGUCAUUGUAGACCCCGGGAUCAGCGUCAAUAACAGUUAUGGAGUGUACCAAAGAGGGAAAGCCAAUGAUGUUUUCAUCAAGUAUAUGGGCAAACCGUAUGUCGCCCAAGUCUGGCCCGGUGCGGUUAACUUCCCCGACUUCCUUAACCCGAAAACUGUUCAAUGGUGGGUUGAUGAAAUCCAUAGAUUCCAUGAUCUUUUACCCGUUGAUGGGCUUUGGCUCGACAUGAAUGAAGUUUCCAACUUCUGCACUGGUUUGUGUACUCUACCUGAGGGAAGGAUAUGCCCGAAUGGAACUGGAACUCGACCGGUUUGGACCUGUUGUCUUGACUGCAAGAAUGUGCCCAAAACCAAAUGGGACUACCCGCCUUACAGGAUAAAUGCCUCUGGAAUAGAAGCGCCUUUAGGAUACAAAACCAUUGCGACGAGUGUUGUGCACCAUGAUGGAGUUUUGGAGUAUGAUGCCCACAGUAUCUAUGGUUUCUCUGAGACCAUCGCCACUCACAAAGGACUUGGGUUGCUCGAGGGAAACAGACCAUUCGUAUUGACCCGAUCCACAUUCGUCGGGUCAGGCCAUUACGCUGCUCACUGGACAGGAGACAACAGGGCAACUUGGGAUGAUUUGAAGUACUCAAUCUCAACAAUGUUGGAAUUUGGACUUUAUGGAAUACCUAUGGUUGGUGCAGACAUAUGCGGGUUCUAUCCACCACCCUCGGAAGAGCUUUGCAACCGUUGGAUCGAGCUCGGUGCAUUCUAUCCAUUCUCACGGGCUCACUCCAGCUACCUCUCUCCUCGACAGGAGCUUUAUCAGUGGGCAACUGUGGCUGAAUCCGGACGUAAUGCUUUAGGCAUGAGAUAUAAACUUCUCCCGUAUCUCUACACACUGAGCUACAAUGCGCAUUCGAGCGGGGCACCCAUUGCUCGACCAUUGUUCUUCUCUUUCCCAAACUUAACCGAGCUAUAUGGAUUGAGCACCCAGUUCUUGUUGGGAAAGAGCGUCUUGGUCUCGCCCGUGCUUGAACCGGGCAAGACCGAAGUCAAAGCAAUUUUCCCUCCCGGGACUUGGUACAACAUGUUUGAUAUGACACAAGCCAUAGUCAUACCUGAAGAGACACAGGAAAUCACGCUCGACGCGCCAUUGCAUGUGAUCAACGUGCACCUGUACCAGAACACAAUCAUUCCGAUGCAACGCGGAGGAUUAACGACUAAAGAAGCCCGAGCAACCCCAUUUACAGUCGUUGUCGCUUUCCCGUUGGGCACUUUUGAUGAUUUUGCAUACGCGGAGGGGACAUUGUUCCUUGACAGGGAUGAAAUGCCAGAAAUGACGAUUACCCCCUGGGACUCGACAUUGGUUCAUUUUUGUGCAAAUGUACAAAAUGGAACAGUGAGUGUGACUUCGGUGGUUCUCGAGCGCGAAUAUGCGUUAAGCAUGGGGUGGGUGAUAGAGAAGGUUAUAGUGCUCGGGGUGAAUCCUAUGCGAGGGAGCUUUAGGCUCGAAGUGGACGAGACAGAGGUUAAAGAUACUUCAAAUGUGAAGUUCAGCGCAACCGAGCAUACAUAUCAUAAAGGGGUAGUCGAAGGCGGAGAAGGCGAUGGAGGCAUGAAGAAGAAUGUGAUGGUGGAGAUAAGUGGUUUGGAAUUGCGUGUAGGGAAAAACUUCUGCAUGACAUGGAGUUUGGAGAUCAAAGCAUAAAGAGAUUGUUCACAUGUUCUUGAUGGAAAGGAAAUGGGCUGAAAGAGAUUGCCCCAUUCUUUAAGUUUUAUAUGAAACGAAUAAUACAGAGAAUGAGUUUUAUUGUUAAAAUUUUUGGCUUCUGGUGUUGGUUUUCAUAGGUGUGCUCUAGUCUAGUCAUCAAGCUCUAUCGGAAUUAUAAGUUCGGAAUUUAUUGUUCAAAUUUUUGGCCUCUGGUGUUGUUCCUUAUUUUACAAAUGAACUCGUUCCUUACCAAAACUGUAGCCCUAAUCUGGUUCUUAUAACUACUAUUAUAUGAUGAUGGCUAUUCCUUCUAUUACUU